AUGGCAGAAGAAAUUUCUAUUGGACAGUACAUCUUCACCAGACUUGCUCAGCUUGGAGUCAAGUGUGUGUUUGGUGUUCCUGGCGACUACGAGCUGGUGAUUCUUGACAUGAUCCCAGCCGCAGGCUUGACAUGGCGCGGAAAUGCAAAUGAGCUCAUCGCUAGCUACGCUGCCGAUGGUUACGCACGCGUGAACGGUAUCGGUGCUUUCGUCACUACGUUCGGACCUGGAGAACUAUCUGCUUAUUGCGGCAUGGCUGGUCAAUAUGCGGAAUACGUCCCGGUUGUGCAUAUCGUGGGAUAUCCAUCCACAUCCGCCAUGAAGAGUCGUGCUAUUAUGCAUCAUAGUCUUGGAAAUGGGGAGUUUGGAAUGUACCAAAAGAUGAUCAAGCAUAUCACUGUUGCGGACACUGUCCUGGGCGAUGUUCAUAGUGCUGCUUCGGAGAUUGAUAGGGUGCUUGAGGCCAUGCUAUACCACUCCCGACCAGUCUACAUCGGUGUACCAGUCGAUAUUGGUCCAAAGACUAUUCCUAGCAGUCAUCUUUCAAAGCCACUUAUCACGACCCUACCAUCAAACAAGGAGGAAGAGGAAACAGAGAUAAUCACGAAAAUAGCUAACUUACUGAAAACUCGUAAAGACCCUGUCAUUAUUGUGGAUGGCGGUGCCGUACGUUUUGAUCUUCUUGAAGAAACGCGAGGAAUCAUUGAGUCUCUUCGAGUUCCUUAUUUUUCAACUGGCAUGUCCAAGGGUGGUAUUAGCGAGCAGCUCGGUAACGGGAAGUUGUUUGGUGGUGUUUAUUCUGGAGGAGCGUCACCGGAUACUAUCAGGGCUGCUGUUGAAAAAUCAGAGUUGGUUUUGCUCGUCGGAAAUUAUCCGUCUGACUUCAAUACUGGAGAGUUCACUACUCAGCUCCAGGACCAAAAUAUCGUCGAUUUCCAGCGCUUCUCGGUCAAAAUUGCUGGCAAGUCGUACAAUGUUACGAGCAAAUAUCUUCUUCAAAACCUGGUUCGACAUCUUUCAUCCCUCUCCGUGACUCCGCGAGAGGUCACUUGGGAUCCAUAUCCAAACGACAACUACGAGAAUUUCGGAAGUCUAGUCCAAGACUUUCUUUGGCCGACACUUGGCCGCUACUUCCGCGCCAACGAUUUCAUUAUCGCCGAAACAGGCMCCUCCAGCUACGGCAUUCCCGCCGCUAAUUUGAUGGCUAUCGACAAUGUGCGAAUGUACAAUCAGACUGUAUUUGGAAGUAUUGGAUACGCAACCGGCGCUGCGUUAGGAUCUUUCGUAGCUGGCAAAGAGGAUGGGUCUAUCAAGCGUGGAAUCUUGGUUACCGGUGAGGGAUCGUUGCAGUUGACUGUUCAGGCUUUGGCGGAUUAUUUGAGAUGGGAAUUGAAUGCUACAAUAUUCAUCAUCAACAACGGCGGAUAUACCAUCGAGCGACUCAUUCAUGGUAUGGAAGCGUCUUACAACACCGUUCCGGUCUGGAAGUAUGAAAAGUUAUGCGAAACGUUUGGAUCGAAUUAUCCUUCGCGAUAUCAUCGUGUCGAGACUGGUGCGGAACUUGUCAAGUUGCUUAAUGACGAGCAAUUUAACGCUGCCGAUUGUACCCAGGUUGUUGAAUUAAUUCUUGGAAAGCAUGAUGCGCCUUUGGCUGUGAAGAUGGCUAGUGCUGCUGUUGAGGCGUUUAAUUCAAGGCAGUAG